AAUAAAAUGAAAAAAUAUGUGCAUUCAUUUGCAUUAAAAAUAAAUAAUAAUGAGAUAUAACAUCAUUGGCCCAACUGAUAGAAUAAAACAAAUUGCAAUAACAAAGAAAAAAAAGAUCCCUUUAUCCCGAGUUAGUUUACAUCCAACAUCCCCUUAUUGAUCGUGAGACAAUAUAAUCCUUAUAUAUCGUUUUCUCUAUAGAAGGAGGGAGACACAAGGAGGAAUUUUUAAAUUCAUCUAGUUUAUGUUUCGUAAAUAUUACAAGUGUCAUAGAUAUUUACGAUUGUAUGUUUUUGUUUAUAAAAUGCACCGUCAUCGUUCUCCCUUAUUGCGAUUAUUUGAAUUAGAAGAUUAAAUAAUAAGAUAGGAUCUUUCUUAGUAUAUGAAAAUGUGAUAACAUUAAUAAACACGAAUAAAGUGUACGUUUAAUAUUGUCUUAUAUCUGUGUCAGUCACAGACACUUUUACAAGUUAACACAUUAUCAUUACUAUACUACCAAGUUCACUGAGUCGGAACAUAAUAUAAUUUAUCGAAGAAACUAGAACGCAUUAGAAUAUUAUCCAUCGAAGUCGCUUGACCGUCGACUUGGUUCGUGUCGUCGUUAUUACAAAGUAUCCUAUUUCUUCGUAUAUAUAAUUUAUAUCAUUUUUAUUCUCUAUUAACUCUAUUGUUGGAAUCAUCGGUCGGAUAAUUCGAUAAUUAGAAGAGAAUUAAUUAAGAGAAUUAGAAGACGGAAAGAGAGUAAAAAAGAAUAUCUCGAAAAUGGAUAAAACUUCUUCGAAGACCUUGAAGAAUAUUUUACGACCUUUUCGAAUUCUAAGUUACUUCCUUGGAAUACGUGUUUUAAGAUUUCCUUCUGGAUGGAGAAGUAUCAAACUCAAUGUGAUUUACUCCAUAGUUCUUUUCGUGCUCCAUUUAAUUAGUUGGCAAUACAUAUCGCCUAAACAACGAAUAAUGGAAUUAGAUAACACUCAAUUUUAUAUUAUGUUUCUCUUAAACAAUUUCAUAAUCAUUAUUUCGAUUGUUACAGGCUUAUUUAAAGAUAAGUUAUGGGAAAAUUCGGUUAGAAGACUCGAAGAAAUUGAUAAGACUUUACAAGCACUUGGUUCCAAUUCACGAUUUCAUAAGAUUUAUGUUAGAACGAUGAUAGAAUUGAUAUUCUUUGUAAUUUUUUUCGUCAUUUUAAUCUAUUUUGAUUAUAUUAUGACCAACCUCAAUGGUUCCGAAAUAAUGAAAAUAAUUUUUGUCCUGUCGAUUGUUAUUAUACAUGCAUACGGUGAAAUCGUUGCAUCUACGGUAACUAUGGAAUUUUUGACAAUGGUAAGAUGUAUUGAAUCCGAACUUGAACGAGCAAGUGAUCUUUUGAGUGAUAUUAACGUUCUACCAUGUACUUCCAUUGCAAUGGAAUUGAUUAAAUAUAAAGGAACAAAAAAGUCGCUUAAAAAGUUCAUUAAAGUUCUACCAUCGUCGCAAAAAAUAAAUUCACGUUUGGAUGUUAGCAAUCAGGAAAUAUUCAGAAGCAGACGAUUGCUCCAAACUAUUAGGCAGAUACAUCUGGAACUCUAUAAAGUGUCGAAAAAUCUUAAUGAUCUUUAUGGCAUUCAAGUAUUUAUAAUAAUUUGUUUGUACUUUUUUUACAACACAUGCUUUUUUUAUAGCACAUACAUUACUGUUAAAAAAUUUGGAUAUACUCCAGAUAUUUUGCUUAAACAAAUGGGUUCGGUACCUUAUUUCUUCUUUAGUUCUUUAUGCAAAGUGAUUUUUAUUAAUUACACCUGCGACGAUACAACUCAAAAGAUGGAGAAAAUCAAUGAAAUUGUUUAUACAUUUUAUGCAGAAAAUACAGAUUAUAUAAUACAACAAGAGGUGAAAAUGUUCACUCUGCAAAUGGCACAUUGUCAAUCGACGUAUUCCACUUUUGGUUUAUAUUCGUUCAAUCGAAAAUACAUAUACUCGUGCGUUGGAGUGAUGAUGACAUAUUUGACUAUUAUGAUACAAAUGUCUGAUCCGAUGACAAAAUGAAAUUUAAAUAUCAUAUAAAAGUUGGUCACGAUAAUAAGAAAAGGCUAGUCGUCUUAUUGAUUUUCACAGAAGCAUACUCAAAACACAGACUAUACAUACUAAAGUGAUUAAUUUCUUAUUAAUCUCUAUAUUACGAUCUUGCAAUACUACUUUUAAUAUAAUAUUUUUUGCAAGAUAAAUAUAACAAAGUACAUAUAUUAAUCACAUAA